GAACUUAAAGCAUCUGGCAUUUCGACAGGGAACAGAAAAAUCAAUGGGUUCUGCAAUCUCAAAAUCUACUCAAAGCCUUACCACUGCUGAGGACAUGAGGAACCAAACCAAACUUAUAAUGCAGCCUUAUGCCAACUGGGAAGAGUAUCUGACUCCAGCACCUCUAUCCAUAGCCAUCCUGGGAGAGCUGGUUUUCAUCUCUUCCUCAACAGAUUUCUCUAUCAAUAAAAAUCCCCCUGAAGGUGGUUUUAAAUUCAUCAGAUAUCCUGAUUCCUUUCGCGCUUGCCUCAUGCAAGUGUGUAACUCUGGUUGGUUGGCAUUUUAUGCGGCCCAUACGAGCAUGGAUCAGAUUCGCCUCCAUACUGCCCAAGUUCCAAAUUACAUGAAGACAGCUGUGAAGAUUCUGUUCCAAGGCAAUGAUGAAAUUAUCAAAGCACAUCUUCCUGAUCAGCUAGACAAUAUCAGAGUAAUUGCAGAUGAUUGUCUUAAGUUGUCUGAUGCAACUGAAAAGCGAUUCACUGAUGUCAUCAAUAUCAUCCAAGAACUGCUGGAAGCAUGUGUGAAUGCAGAGCACUUUAAUGGGGAAGAGAUGGAAGAAGUCAAGAAGAAGCUGGAAGAGAGUAAACUGAGGGAACAGUCAGCUAAAGAGACCAAGGAAAGGACUCAGAAGGCAGUGAGUGCCUUAGAGAGGGAACUGGAUCAGGGUCUUGAGAAGAAAGCUCUGCAUUCUCUCCCUGGUAAUUGGGAAAUGUUUGGUAUGGACAGAGUUAGUGGGAUAACACCAAACGUUACAGGCCUGAUUACUGGAGGGGAAUCUGUUAUUACUCACCCAGUGAGAAGCAUGUGGUCUGCAACUAGAAUGAUGGGUACUUUGAAAUACGUUAGAGAUCAGGAAAGCAAAAGAGAUUUGGUUGCUGAAAUAAAUGCCUAUAGUAAGUCUGCUGAAAUUUUAAAAUGUGUCCAGAAUAUCCAGCUGCUGAUAAAGGUGUAUAAUGAGGAAGAUGACAUUGACUGGACAAAUCUGUAUGAUCAGAAGAACAAACGUUCAAAAAGUGAUUUCAUCAAUGGACAGUUAAAAAGAAUCACUGAUGAUUUGAAGAAAAUCCCAAGCUGCCCAGCAAGGAAUCAAGCUAUGAAGAUAAGCCAAGAUGGCAUGGAAAUAUGCAGCCAGCUGGCAAGAUAUGCACCUGAUGGCAAAUGUGGUAAAGACAAAAGUGCUAUAAUAAUACAAGAGGUCUUGGAUCUGAUCAAGUCAGCUCAUAUUUUUGAUUGGAAAAGCAAAGACAUCACAAAUUCUCCAUCCAACAUGAGUUCCUCUCAGAAGGCCACAGAGAAUGCACAAUACAAGACAAGAGAGACCUAUGAGAAGUUUGUGGAGAACCUAGAGAAGAACCAGAAGGAACUAACAGACAUCCUGGCUACUAUGAGAAAUUGUGAAUUAAAAGAGAUUGACUUUAAAACUACCAUAAAUAUGCUGAUCAAAGGAAUGGAUGCCAUGGGGAGAGUAAAGGAGCAGUGGGAGAAGAUGGUUCAAUUCUUUCAGAUGGUUUCCAACAUUGUCAAAACCAGCCGGAGCAAAACUCUCAAAAACUUUGUCUCCACAUCAGCGGAAACACGAGCCCUCUCCUACAAUGCAAAACUUUUCUCAAAAGAUCUGCUCUACACCCAAGCUUUCCAAGCCUGUAACAUCACUAGUCUGGUCCACAUGAUCUCUGGAACAUACACAGAUGUUUCCAGCAAGUACCUGAUGGACCCUGUCAGUUCACUGGGUAAACUGAUGUCCAUGGAUAAAAGUAAACCAGAAUUUGAGCAUGAGCGAACCCUGCUCCAGAACGGCUGUGAUGAGGCACAGAAAGGGAUUUUAAGGCUUGUCCUGCAGAAUAAAGAGGAGUAUGACCAGAAGAGCACUUCAAGACUUGAAGGGAUUGAUCAAGAAUUCCUUGCUAUAUUUACCUGCUGCUUCUUCAGAACAAAUCAAAAGUGGUCAAGAGCUUGUUCAAGCUGGAUUCACUGAAGAAGAAGAAGCAUCAUUCUUCUGAGAGAUUUAACCAAUAUGUAUGUUACAAGCUUGCUACAUACUGAUAAUACUACCAUAUUAAGAUUUAAUCUUUGCUGUCCAGCAGCAUGUAAUAGUCAUGACAGCUCAAUUUAGAUUAUAAUAUUGCUAGUAUCCAAAGCAGUCUUUAUGUAUAAAAAUCCCCUUGGAAAUAUAAGGUUCUAUCUAGCAUUUUUGUCAAAAUUUAGUU